AUGCCGGGAGGAUGGCACCGCGGAAAUCGCGCUCCCGCACACCCUGAAGCCGCCGCCGAGGGCGAAGGCGAGAGCUCGCAGGCAGCUCCUUCGCCGGUCGUCUCCACCCUCGAGCGCCCCCGAGAAUGCAUCAACCGGUACUCGACGCCACCAUUCCAGCUACUAUGUACCAUGAUGGACCGUCUGAGAAGCGAGGAAGUCAGUAAGCGGAAGGAGACGCUGAAGCGGUUCUUUGAUUUAUGGCGGGCCAGAGUGGGGAAUGACCUGUACCCUCUGAUCCGGCUCCUACUGCCUGAUAGAGAUAGAGAGAGACCAGUGUACAACCUCAAGGAAGCCAUGCUUGCCAAGUGCUACAUCGAAGUCCUCGGUCUCGACCGGCACUCGGCAACCGCCACGAGGUUGAUCAAGUGGAAGCAGCCCGUCGAAGGGGAGACUCAGUCUAACGCGUCGGGGGACUUCGCCAAUCUGUGCAAGCAGGAAAUCGAAAAGCGGUCCACCGUCCAGGGUGGUCAACUUACCGUCGACGCUGUCAACUCGCUGUUGGACCAGCUCGCCGGCGGACGGAUGAAGCAGUCCGAGUAUGUCCCUAUACUGCGUAAGAUCAAUCAGCAGUGUACGGCGCAAGAGCAGGAGUGGAUUUUACGGAUCAUACUCAAGGAUCUGAGGAUAUCUAUCCGCGAGAAGGGCGUCCUGGCGGUCUUUCAUCCGGAUGCGGCGGACCUCUUCAAUGUCUGCUCGGACCUCAAGCGAGUGUGCUGGACGCUGUACAAGCCCGAGCUCCGCCUUGCAAAGGAUGAAACGAGUAUCGAGCUCUUCCGCUCUUUCCUGCCUCAACUCUGCUAUCGCUCCCCUUCCUCUUCCCAUGACGGUAUUGCCAAGCUCGUCAACAACCCGCGAGACGGGUUUCUCAUGGAGGAGAAGCUAGACGGAGAGCGGAUGCAGUUGCACAUGAGGGGGAAUGGGGCACAGUGGUACUACUGCUCCCGAAAGGCCAAGGACUACACGUACAUGUACGGCGCUCAUCCUGGAGAAGGGUCUCUGACGCAGCAUAUCUCUAGCGCUUUCAGUGAUGGUGUUCGCAACAUCAUUCUUGACGGGGAGAUGCUGGUCUGGGAUCCAGUACUAGAGAAGUAUCUUGCCUUUGGAACGCUCAAGACCGCCGCUCUUGAUCGAGGUGGGGACGAGAACUCGCCAAGACCAUGCUUCAAGAUCUUCGAUAUUCUCUUCCUCAAUGACAAAUGCUUGACCAAUACUCGCCUCUCGGAACGGAAACGCACCUUGCAGGACAAGCGAAUCUUUCCGGAUCUGGAGGCAUACAAGGGGAGACUGGAGUUUGCGGAGGAGUCGAUCGGGAGGACAGGGAAAGAUAUUCGGGCAAUGAUGGAGCGGAUCUUGGAGAUUAGAGGGGAAGGCCUGGUCGUCAAAAGGUUGGACUCGGUGUAUGAGACGAAUUCUCGAGGGGCGAGCUGGGUCAAAGUGAAGCCUGAGUACUCUGAUCAGAUGGGCGAGAAUCUCGAUCUGAUGGUCUUGGGCGGAUGGUGGGGCAAGGGCGGUCGGACGGGGAAGGUGUCGAGUCUUCUAUGUGGAUUGAGGGUGCAGCAGGAAGACGAUGGGGAUAUGGAGUUCCCAGAGUUCACUUCGUUCUUGAAGAUCGGCUCGGGGAUGAGCUAUGAAGAUUACGAGUGGAUCAUGAAGAAACAUCGUGUACACAUGAAGACGUUCGAUAGGAAGAAUCCGCCAAAGUGGCUCAAGCUAGGCCCGACAGGCCUGGACGAUAAGCCUGACUAUGACAGGUCCUUCGUCGUCGAGGUCAAAGGCUCCGAGAUCGUCCCUACAGAUGGCAACUUUGGGAUCGGCUACACUAUGCGAUUCCCACGGUGUCGCUUCAUCUACUGGGACAAAGCUAGCCGGGACCAUCCGACGGGCGACGAUACGCAGGAUCGGGACAUGUGGAAUUGCCUUUCCGCGGACGAGUUUCUGGCUUUACUCAAUGGACCGACUAAGCGGUAUAGGGAUGACCAGACUGGAUCGUCAAGGAGGAAAAAGCGGAAGGUCAUCCCUCGGAAGAAGGUCCAGCUCAUGGAGGGCAUCAAGGGCCAGAAGCUGUCCAAGGAGGACAUCUCAAGUCAUAUCUUUACCGACAUGACGUUCUACAUUCCCCGAGGGAGCGCCAAAUACAAGAAGCCGGACCUGGAGGCUAUGGUCCAUCAACAUGGCGGAGACUUCACGCAGGCCCAGCUAUCGGACUUGACGGCGUAUGUCAUCUCGCCGGACAACAAGAAUCCUCUUGUCAAGGCUCAAAUCAGGAAGGGUGUGUCUAUCAUCAAGCCCGAGUGGAUCUUGGAGUCCAUCAAGCGCCAGAAACCCCUUCCUUUGCUGAAAGAACUUCUUGUGCAUGCCUCGGAAUCGACACAAGACGGCCGGUACUACAGCAAGACCUUGGCCGAAUACGACCAGACCAGCCUGGUCCGAGACCGCGGCGGGAAGGACGGCGCCGCCGAUGAUGAUGACGGGAUGGAGGAAGAAGGGGCAGAACCAGAGGAGGAGUACGCCGAGGAGUUUGAAGAUGGGGAUGAGGCAGCCGGGCCAGCUCCGCCAGAUCCGACGAUUCGGUCGCAUCGGGAUACGAAGGACAAGACCGAGGCGCAGCAGAAGCUCGAGGCGGAGUGGGGGCUGUAUCGGGAGGGAUCGUCCGAUUCGGCCUCCCAGACGACUAAGGGGGACAGAGAGGAGGAGAGCGAUACGGAUGACGAGCUGGAUUGGAAUCCUGAAAUCCAGAUCUUCACGCAUCUCACCUUUUACAUCGACUCAGCGGCAAAUGCGAAGAAGAACGGUCUGGCACCGUCCGAUCCGCCUGCUGAGGCCAUCGAGCGACUGGCCGCUGCGGAGAAACUCCUACGAGAGAACGGCGGCGAUAUCACCACUUCCAUCGCCGACCCAAAACUCACCCAUAUCAUCACGGACGAUGAGGAUUCGGACCGCUAUGCCGAGCUGGUGCGCAAGACGGGCGAGCCGAAGCGGAAACAUAUCGUGCUGCCGAGCUGGGUGGAUGAGUGUAUCGAGGAGGAAACGCUUAUGAACGAAGAUGGUGGGUUUCGCUCUACUUGGAGAAUGGAAGGCUCAAAGCUGAUUAUGCAGCUCAUAAGCCCAAGUAGGCUUUCACAUACGAUGAACAGGACGAUACGACAAGGUUGUAUAUAUGCAUUUUGGGAUAACAGGGCUGUACGUAUCGCGUUUCCUUCUGCACAGUUCCGCUCCCAACUUCUACUUCACUCACCAUGCUAUUCCAAGACCUCCCGGUACAUAAGCUCGAACAGCCAGUACACCUUCUAUCCCCGGCUUCACUGUACAAUUGUGCCUACACGUCCGCGACCGCCUUUUCCCGCUCGUCAUUCGACGCGACGCGGGACAUUCUGGUGGGCGGCCGAGACAGGGGCGGGGCAUCGGUUGUAG